UAUCGCAGCUGGCUUCACAUUCUUGUCUCUUGUGAAUGGCCACGUUAGAGCUAGUUCAGGGUGAGUUCUGGAUCAGACUGGACAGGUAUAAACUUUAUCCAGGUGAUAAUUACACUCACCUGUGCUGGCAGGUAUGAUAGGGGCUAGGUGCUGAGUUCUGGUUCUGGUGUGGGAGUACAGAGUUCAGUAUGGACAGUUCAGAGGAGGCGGAGUCUCAGCUGGCUGAAAUGGAGCUGCUGGUCAGCAUGUUCCCCAGUCAGGAGGAGCUGCUGGUGGAUCAGCUGGCCUUAGAGGAGCUCAGAGCUUCAGUAGAGGGAAGAUCUGACUGUCCUCCCAGCAGCAGACCGUCACUGUCCAUCAGAGUCAUCACACACCCCUCCCCUUCCUCCCCCUCACCACACUCAGAGGUGUCCAUUACUCUGUCCUGCUCUUAUCCACUCAACUACCCAACUGUGCUACCUGAGCUCGCAGUCAGGUGCUCUGAGCUGAGUCGAGCGCAGCACUCUCGGCUGAUCUCUGACCUGAGUGCGUACCUGCAGCAGGUGUGUGGGGGAGGUGUGUGUGUGCUGCUGGCCGUGGAUUGGCUGAGAGAAAACACACACUCGUACCUAACAGAGAGCCCGGCGACGGACGAGCGACACUCCCCCGCAGUGCAGGAGAGAGAGACCUUCAGCAGGCUGUGGAUCUACAGCCACCACAUCUACAACCGGAACAAGAGGAAGAACAUCCUGGAGUGGGCUAGGGAGCUGAACCUGAACGGGUUCAGCAUGCCGGGGAAGCCGGGGAUAGUGUGUGUGGAGGGGCUGCAGCGCGCUGCAGAGGAGUUCUGGAGCAGGGUGAAGGUGCUGACCUGGAAGAGGAUCAUGAUUCGGCACAGGGAGGACAUUCCUCUGGACGCAUCCUGCAGCCUGGACUCUCUGCGGAAAUUCUCCGGGUUCGAGGAGGCUGCGUUCGACCCUCAUGGCAGCAGAGGGAACCAUAUGGACCUGGGCCAGCUGUUCCAGUUCCUCAGUGACCGAGGCUGUGCUGAGAUCUUCCCGAUGUUCUUCGGGGUGGAGGGGAGAUGAGACGUAUCUUCAUGCUCCCAGGACUGAACACUACUUCAAUUUAUUAUGGAAUCAACUUUCUUUUAUGUUUACAUACAGUACAAAAAUCUAAAGUUUGGAUACACUCUUCUCAUUCUAUGUGUUUACUUUAUUCAUAUGAUUUUUCUACAUUGUAAAUUUAAUAUUGAAGACUAUAUUAAAGCCAUGCAGGAACACAUGCAGAAUAAAAAGUGUUAAACAAACCAGAAUAUUGCUUAUAGUACACACAUUCAUCUUUGAGGACAGAUCUGCACACUCUUGGUAUUUUAAUCUCAGUGUCUUCAUGAGGGAGAGUCACCUGGAACAGUUUUCUCAGCGUCUUGAAGGAGUUCCUGGAGGUGCUGGACAAUAGCUGCUGCUUUUCUUUAACGCUGUGAAGCUCCAGCUCAUCCCAAAGUACUUCAAAUCACCAUCUCAGUUGAUCAGGUUUAGGUCAGUAGACUUAGGGCAAACACUUUUUACUGUUUACUAUGUAAUUUAAUAUGUGUCCCUUAAUUGUUUUCAUGUCUGUAAUAUUAAUCUACAAUGUAGGAAAAACAAUGAAUGAGAAAUUGUGAUGAACUUUACAGAUCUGCUCAGGGUACUUUCAUGAGUGAACAAAGAAUUGUGCUGCUUCGCCUAAAUGGCCACUAGAGGACAGCAUAUGCACUGCUAAAGGAUUUAUAUUAUGGGAACCUGAUUUCUCAUUUUUUUUACCAGAAGAGUUUAAUGUAGUAUGUAAACUGUUUACCAUUUACUUUCACAAAAUAUACAUUUACACACACGUUCAGAAUAACUUCUCCCAUUUAUUGUAAAUACUUAACUAAGUAAAAAAUGACUAAGAAAUAUUUAAGGUUGGUCAAUCUCAAAAGAAGAAUUUCAAGAACUUUGAAAAAAUGCUCAAGUGCAGUCACUACAAAGACCAUCACAAAUGUUAUAAUGAUAAAAUUGGCACUGCCACAUCCUAGGAAAGAAUCUCUGUUGCACAAUUAGACACUCAUCUAAUCAUGUGAUGAUAAGUUAGUUAUCAUCACAUGAUUAGAUGAGUUACCAGCUUUAGAAACUGCAAGUUAACAAUAUAAUUUAGUUUACUAAAUGAUUCCUUAUGUGUUCCUUCAUAGUCUGGAUCACUUCAGUAUUAAUUUACAAUGAAGGAAAAAAAAAUCCAAAUUUUGGCUGGUGCUGUUAAAUUAUUUAGUAUAUAAUUAUUAGAUAUACAGUUUUUUUGAUAAAAAUAUGAUCUGAAGGCCCCAGUCUCAGAAUCACCCAGAAAACAUGUAGAACAGGAGUCCAAUAGGAAGCAAAGACUGAGAGCAUAGUAGAAAUAAUCACUGACUAAUCAACUAAUCAGUAAAAUAAUCAACAGAUUAAUAUCAGAAUAAUUAUUAGUCGUAGCUCUACAGUGAUAUCAGAGUCAGAGCUGCUACAUUUUCACUGCAGUUGUGGUUUUAGGAUAAAACUCCACGUUCCUGUGAUUGAAUAGUAGUGCAGUCACCACAAAGACCAUCACAAAUGUUAUAAUGAUGAAACUGGCACUGGCACGUCCUAAUAAAAAAGAACAAGAGUCCCA